AUGGAUCGUGCACUUUUCAAAUUAAGCUAUCGGCUUGUUCUUCUUAUCUUUAUCACAUCCGGUAGCUGUUUGAAUUCAAAUUCACCCACCUCAUGUCUUAAUAUGGCAGAACGAUCAAAAUGGAAUAGAUCUUUUCACUUUAAUAACCAGGAACUUCGUCUUAAAUUGGAAGUUACAAACCGAUCAUCGCAUUGGAUUGUUAACUACAUAUUUGAGAUAUUGGCACGUGAAAGGCUUGGUUAUCAGUUUAUCGAAUUUGUCAAACAGGACAUAGAUCAUCCUAGACAAGCAAUUAGUAGACUAGACUGCAAAGAUACUAACUGUUUCAAACUGCCAGAUGUCCACAUAAAUCUUGAAUUAUGGUUAUCUUUGGGAACAACCACAAGUUUUUGGGUCCCGCCUAAUAGAGUGAUAGAUAAUGGACCGUUAGGUCCAACCAAUCGUUGGGCUAUUUCCUCCAGGGAAGAAUUUAUAUCACAGGUCUCCGCAUUGACAGAGGCACGAUCAGACUGUACUGGUAAAAAUGGACCAACAAAUUCUCAAAUUCCAUUAUCACAAACUGUAGUUCAGUCAGAAUGUGAACUGGAUAUGUGCCACGCUUCCAAGUUCCGCGAUGAGUUCAUCCGUUAUUUCACUGGAUCGGAAAUCUCAUCCGAACAGUCUUCACACUUUCCCAAUUUACACUCUUCUUCUGCCAUGUCAAUAAUUAAUUGGUAUCCACAUAGACUUGGUUCUUCUCCUCUACCUUUUGGACUACAUCUUUUUGGGAAGCAAAACCAACUGAACUCAACAGUAUUACAAAUUGUGCUUGAUAAAAUUUAUCAUUGUAAUCAAAAAGAUUCAGUCACUUCAUCCUACAUCAAAAAUCCAAAGAAAUCAUCUUUUUGUCGUUUUGAGUCACAACAAGCUACCAAAUUAUCGUGGGCCAAGUUAAAGAACACUGUACCUCUCAUUUAUCAAUUGGUUGACCGGAUGCAUUUUUCCCAAUCGGAGUAUGAAAACUUACUAAAAUUAGCCAAACAUCUGGAUCCAAACUCCGGUCAGGAUCUACAGUCUCAAUAUAGAGAUAUUGCUUGCAAAUGGCUUCGUUUGUCACCGACUCGUUGGGUUUCAUGGACCAAAGGGUGGAAUAAAAAGCUAAAUCUUACGGUUGCUGGACUUUUCGCUUUCUACGGAAAAUGGGUCGUUUCGAAUUUAGAUCAUGUUGCUGAACAAGCUAUUAAUUUCGUCAAUAAUAACCCUGAUUACUUUAGCAAUACUGAAUACGCAUUGACACUAGACGUUCGUAAUCUGACUUGUUCUCAGGAUGUUGUAUUGAAUGAUUACUUUGAUUUAAUAACAGCUUCGAAAAAUAGGAAGAUUAUUGGUGUAAUAGCUGCCCUGUGUUCGGAUUCUAUAGAACCAGUUGUUGAGGUAGCGAAUAUGCGUCGCCAGAUUGUUGUUAGUCCAACUGUGGAGUCAGUUCGUUUUGCCAAACGCCAUCAAUAUCCAUAUUUUUUUCGCACUGUUCCCUCGAUGACACAUGUAAGCUUAAUUUUAAUCCGAUUGUUCAGUAACUGGGGUUGGCGUCGUGUUGCUGUAUUUCGCGAGGACGAUCAUUUCUUUGAUCCUCUGAUUUUUCAGUCAAACGGUAUAGAUCUUAUUGCUGACUUUGUGAUGAAGGAAAACCAGCUCACAUACGUAACUGUGCAUCAGGCUUUAAAACUUAUGAAUGAUCGUACUAGUCGUAUCUUCAUGGUUGAAUAUUUUGCUAAAGGUACAGCUAUCAUACUUUGUGCUGCAUAUCACUUAGGUAUGCAUUUCGAUGCGGGCUAUGUCUGGUUUCUUAAUCCUUGGUUAUCAGGCAAUUGGUGGCAGGCGCCUGAUGUACAUCCAACAGAAUGUACUCAUGAAGAAAUGCAUAACAUAACUUCGUGGACUUUUACAGUUGGACAUCAAUUAAUCAUGGAACCACUGGCUCACAAAAUUAUACCUUCUUCAUAUAACGAUGUGAAUUUUUUUACUUUUGACUCGUCAUUUCAUAAACAACAGAGCCUUGAUCGACGAUUUCGUCGAUAUUCAAAUCAAUAUGCACAAGAUUUACGCAUCCGUAAAUUCAAGCAUCCAUUAUUUAAUGGUCAUUUUACAAAUAACUACGACGAUGCACCUUCAGAUUCAGAGUCGCAACGUUCAGUUUUUAACACAAAAAGCGAAGAUGUUGGAUAUGUUCAUUCUUCUCACGAUUAUGCAAUACAUACAUAUGAAUCUGUUAUAGUUUUAGCCGCAGCACUUAUUCACUUAUUACAUCAAAACCCAAGUGCUAUUUCCGUUUUUGAAUCAAUGUCAGUUGCAGAAGCAUAUCGGGAAUUAGUUUUUGAAACAGACUUUAGAUACACCAUAUCGUCGAGAUUCAUUAUGGAUGAUUCCUUUAAAAAUCCUGUUAUUUCACUAGACACAGGUUUCCACUAUGUAUACAGGAAAGACAAAAUUAAGUCGGCUUCCCAACUGCGAUUUAAUAAUUUAAAUGAACGUGUUGCUGAUUUUUGGCUACUUAAGCAACAUCAAAUCAAUAUCACUGUUCCCAUUGUAUUAUGGACUUUAGACCAAGACUUUGUAAGCGAUGAUAAUACUGUGCCUCUAAGUUCUUUGAUGGACGCAGCUGAUCUUACUAACUUGGCAGCUUCUGAACAUUUUGCCCAACUAAUGGGGGAACGCUGGAUUAACGAUGUGAAUUGGGGUAGUAACAAUGGUCCACCAAAUGAUGGAUCAAAACAUGACGAUAACUGUGUGUUUGGAUUUGUUAGUAGAAUUUUCGGUGUAAAUUGUACUGGUUCUACUGUGAUCGCUACUAUUUCCAUGGUGUUUUCCGUAGCAGUAUUAUGUUUAUUCCUGUUCAUUGUAUACUAUCGACGUAAACUAAAGCAAACUCAAUUAAGAAUUCGUCAACCGUAUGAAAACCUCUGUAAUGAACUAAAAGAUAUCGAUAUUCCACCUGCUGACAUAGUUCUGAAUCGUCGUGUUGGUCAAGGAGCAUUCGGUAUGGUGUAUGGUGGUGAGGCGAAACGUAAUGGACGUUGGGAGGCAGUAGCUGUUAAAGUGAUUGGUAAUAAAGCUACAUAUGAAGGAAAAACAGAUUUUCUCUCAGAAGCAAAAUUGAUGAGAAGUUUAGACCAUCGAAAUGUUGUACGUUUAGUUGGUAUCUGUUUGUAUCCGAAAGAAAAUCAUCUCUAUUUGAUCAUGGAAUUUAUGCUGAAUGGUGAUCUGAAAACAUAUCUUCUAUCUCGUCGCGUUUUGGCUCAACAGGUACCUGAUCAUGAUGGUAUCUGUCCAGCUACGCUUACUGGCAUGGCGAUUGAUAUUGCUGAAGGCUUGGCUUAUUUGCACAGGAAAAAUUUGAUCCAUCGUGACAUUGCCUGUCGUAAUUGUCUUGUUGGCUCUGAUGGGGUUGUAAAAAUCGGAGAUUUCGGUCUUACUCGUGAAAUGAAUAGUAUUGAAAACGAGGGUUAUUAUCGUUUUACUCGUAAUUGUGAACUACCUAUCCGUUGGAUGUCACCUGAAGCUGUCCAGUUUGGUGUAUUUAGUGUUCAUUCUGAUAUUUGGUCGUAUGGAAUUGUUUUGUAUGAAAUUAUUACUUUCGGAGUGUUUCCGUAUGAUGGUUUAGGUGAUGUUGAAGUUGUGGAACGUGUAAAACGUAAAGAUUUCAGCAUAAUCGAAUUUCUUCCUUUAGCAGCAAGAGAUACCAUUAUCUCUCGAUUAAUAUAUCAAUGCUGUCAGCAUCAAUGGCAACAUCGUCCUGCUUCACUCGAUCAUAUUAUUACUAUUUUACGGAAAAAUCCCGAUUGCGUUCGUCCGUUUCUUACGAAUGAACCACCAAAGCCAAAUAGUACUAUUGAUGCCCUUCGUUUUCAACCCGGUGCUGGCGCAUGUAUCAUGUCAAAAAAUACUCUUGCAUCUGGUGAUCCAUCUCCAAGUAACGUAGUUACCUGUAAUACUAACUCUGAUGGCAUUCAUGGUUAUUCCAUAAGUUCCAGUAUUCGAGGUGUUCUUAGUGCAACAGGUAGUUUGGGGGGUUCCGGGAAGUUUCCUUUGGCUCAUCAUUCUGCUGAUUCUUUUUCAGAGAACCCUAACACAUCUGCGCUUUUAUCAUUUUUAUCCGAAGUUCCUUUGCAAAACUUAGGUCGACGUCGUCAUAAGACCGCUGACGGUUCAACGACAACUUAUCGUUAUCAUGGUAUUCGUCGGGGUACUAGUUCUUCUUCCUGUGGUCAUACGUUUCGUAGUUCAGGACACAGUUCUGGUGAUCGUUCUGCUACCGACGAUCAACCACAUCUUACAAGCGAAGUUCUCUCAUUCUCUAACUGGCAUAAAUUUGAUUCUUUUAGUCCUAAAUCACCUAUCCCAUUUGAAGAACGGAGGAUAAAAAAUUGUUCAAAAAUUAGACAUGGUAAACCGAGUCCAAUUAGAAAAAUAUUUAAUAGACAAACCAGUAUAGGAGAUGAGCUUUUGGAGUUGGUUUUACCAAAAUAUCCAACCGAUCAUCUUGGUGUCCAAGAUCCUCUUAAUCAAUCUUUUAUCGCACCUGUGAGUUAUCCACAGGAUGAGUCAAAAACUACAACUUCCCAAGGAGAUAUCACGUAUGGAUGUGAGCAUUAUCAUGACGUUCAACAACAUAACAGUUUAGCGUUUGUAUUUAGUUCAGGUGCUUUGGAUAACCAAAGAUCUACUUUUCCGUCGUCUAAUGCAAUUUCUUCUUCCACUGAGAAACUUUACAGCCACAUCGAAAUGAAUAAAAAUACAGAACAUCAACCUGUUGCAUGUGUUCUUGAAACUGUUUGUCAGAAUCCUGCUUCGAUAAAAACUGGCCUCAAUUGUCACGCGUUUCAUAUUUCGGAGACAGAGCAGCCUACUACCGGUAAUUUCUAUGGUGUACCUGUCACGAAUACAUAG